AUGUCGCGUCUUACUGCCAACCAACUCGCUGCUCCGAAACCACUUCGUCGCUGCCGCAGCGCCUCGCCAGCAACUUCGCGACAGUUGAACUUGGUUCCGGAUCAUCAUAAACUCAUUAGAAAAUCUUGGGGUCGUAUUCCAAAGACUCAGUUUGGGAAGGCCGCUCUCGAAGCGUUCAUUCGCAUCUCUGAAGUGAACCAUUCGAUCUUUGGCGAUAAAGAAACCGAGAAUCGUCACAUCAAAUACUUUGUCGACCUGGUUCAAUCUUCUGUGGACAACCUUGAAGAUCUGGAGGCAAGUGUCAAGCCAUGGUUGGACUUGAUCGGCCGAGGACAUUCCGAUUUCAAAAUCACCGGAAAACACUGGGAGAACUUCGCGGAGAGCCUGUUGAACACGGCUACGGAGUGGAAUGGACCAGGACGUCGUCACAAGGAGACCGUCCGCGCAUGGAUGCUCAUGACAUCGUUCCUAGCGGAUCGUCUCGCUCAUGCGUCGCGUGCUACAGCUCACGCCUCGCCGAUGCUCACUCCACGUGUCCAAAUGUUGACGUAA